AUGAAUUUCACCCAGCACCGUGGGACACUCCAGCCUCUCCAUUUCUGGAACCACAGCUAUGGACUGCAUGGAGGUGCCAGUGAGCCCAGUGCAAAGGGCCACUCCUCAGGAGGCUGCUAUGAGCAACUCUUUGUAUCCCCUGAAGUGUUUGUGACUUUGGGAAUCAUCAGCUUGCUGGAGAACAUCUUGGUCAUUGUGGCAAUAGCCAAGAACAAGAAUCUCCAUUCACCCAUGUACUUCUUCAUCUGUAGCUUGGCAGUGGCUGAUAUGCUAGUGAGUGUAUCUAAUGGAUCAGAAACAAUUGUCAUCACGCUGCUAAACAAUACAGACACAGAUGCACAGAGCUUUACCAUAAACAUUGACAAUGUCAUUGACUCAGUGAUUUGCAGUUCCUUGCUUGCAUCAAUUUGCAGUCUGCUCUCAAUAGCAGUGGACAGGUAUUUUACUAUCUUUUACGCCCUCCAGUACCAUAAUAUCAUGACGGUGAAGCGUGUAGGGGUCAUCAUCACAUGCAUUUGGGCUGCUUGCACAGUCUCAGGCAUUUUGUUCAUCAUUUACUCUGACAGUAGUGUUGUCAUCAUCUGUCUCAUUAGCAUGUUCUUCACUAUGCUCAUUCUCAUGGCAUCCCUCUAUGUCCAUAUGUUUAUGAUGGCACGGAUGCACAUCAAAAAGAUUGCUGUUCUUCCUGGGACUGGCCCUAUUCGCCAAGGGGCCAACAUGAAAGGGGCCAUCACUCUCACCAUUUUGAUUGGAGUUUUUGUUGUGUGCUGGGCUCCGUUUUUCCUGCAUCUGAUUUUCUACAUCUCCUGCCCCUACAACCCUUACUGCGUGUGCUUCAUGUCCCACUUUAAUUUCUACCUCAUCCUCAUCAUGUGCAAUUCCAUCAUCGAUCCACUUAUCUAUGCAUUCCGGAGUCAGGAGCUCAGGAAAACAUUCAAGGAGAUUAUCUGCUGCUGCAGCCUGCGAGGGCUUUGUGAUCUGCCUGGUAAAUAUUAA